CAGGAGCGGAGGGAGGGAGAAGAGGGAAAGGGAGCAGGAGGCGGCACUUCGGUUGCAGCUCUCAAACAGAGGCAGUCUCUCUCAGCUCUCUGAGGGACAGGGAGAGGCAGCGGCAGAGUAGGAUGCUCUGCGGAACGCCCUGAGCCUGGGGUGCUUGAAGCAGCUUCUGGGACUGGGGCAUCCCAGCAGCUUUCACUAUGCAUCAGUCCCUGACUCAGCAGCGGUCCAGCGACAUGUCCCUGCCGGAUUCCAUGGGAGCCUUCAAUCGGAGGAAAAGAAACUCCAUCUAUGUCACCGUGACUUUGCUUAUUGUGUCCGUGUUAAUUCUCACGGUGGGCCUUGCUGCAACCACUAGGACCCAGAAUGUGACUGUUGGAGGUUAUUACCCAGGAGUUAUUCUUGGUUUUGGAUCAUUUCUUGGAAUUAUCGGAUCAAACCUUGUUGAGAAUAAGCGGCAGAUGCUGGUGGCUUCUAUCGUGUUUAUUAGCUUUGGUGUGAUUGCGGCUUUUUGUUGUGCCAUAGUUGAUGGGGUCUUUGCUGCCAGACACAUUGAUCUGAAACCACUCUAUGCUAACCGGUGCCACUAUGUCCCCAAGACAUCCCAGAAAGAAGCUGAGGAGGUCAUAAGUUCCUCAGCCAAAAAUUCUCCUUCUGCGAGGGUUAUGAGGAACCUUACCCAGGCAGCUAGAGAGGUGAACUGUCCUCACCUCAGCCGUGGAUUCUGUACACCUCGCAUCCGGGGUAACACCUGCUUCUGCUGUGACCUCUACAACUGUGGCAACAGGGUGGAGAUCACCGGUGGCUACUAUGAAUACAUUGAUGUUAGCAGCUGCCAGGACAUUAUCCACCUCUAUCACCUGCUCUGGUCUGCCACUAUCCUCAACAUUGUCGGCUUGUUCCUGGGCAUCAUCACUGCCGCAGUCCUGGGAGGCUUUAAGGAUAUGAACCCUACUCUUCCGGCACUGAACUGUUCUGUUGAAAAUGCCCAUCCAACUGUUUCUUACUAUGCUCGUCCCCAAGUGGCAUCGUACAAUACCUACUACCAUAGCCCUCCCCAUCUGCCACCUUAUUCAGCUUAUGACUUUCAGCAUUCCAGUGUCUUUCCAUCCUCUCCUCCCUCUGGACUCUCUGACGAGCCCCAGUCUGCCUCUCCCUCUCCUAGCUACAUGUGGUCCUCAAGUGCACCACCCCGUUAUUCUCCACCCUACUAUCCACCUUUUGAAAAGCCACCACCAUACAGUCCCUAAAUAGGAAUGCCUUCUGGCUAUUGAGAUUAUUGUGGCUUUUGUAUUUCUGCUUUAGUGGAAGUGUGUAGGGUACAAAAUUUAAAGUGUGACUCAUAUAUAAGUUUUACAGUGGCGUGGCAGGCUAGGGAAAGAUAGGAAUGAAGCUUGUUAUCAGUGAAGAGUAGGGGUGGCUAGACUGAACCCAGUACUUCCAAGGACAGUUCACUAUCUAAGCAAGGCUGGGGAGCCAGCCUAGCAAGAAGCUUGUCAUGCUUACACAUGCAUAACCCUAGGGUGCAUGUCUGUUUUCAGCAGAAACGUGGCUGUCCUCUGCUUCACUUUAGGUAAAGGAGUGCUGUUGUUAGGCUCUUGGCAGAUUGCCACCCUAGCACCUUGGAUGAAGCACCUGAUUUAAAGGCCCUAUCUUUCCCUACAACUAACAUCAUUCCUUAUGGAAAAUUUCCCAGCUGAUUGGGUUACACAGUAGUUCCUAAAGAGAGUUCUGGCUAAGAUUUUGUUUGCUUGUGUAUGUAUGAUGAAAAAAAGCUGCCCAUAUUGUACUCCUUCUCUGUGAGUAUUGUAAAAAAUGGCUAUUGUGAUCAUUCAGCAGCUUUUGUUCUUGGUAUCUCCUAAAGGGAAAAGUGCAAUAUUCCCUCUUCUUGAGUAGUGAGAAACAGGACUGUUUCAGAAGCACUGAAAUACAGAGCAACAUGUGAGCUCUUUUAAGUAGAUCUCAGUAACACAUUUGGUAACUUAGGAGGCAGUGGUUCUACUACGUGUUGCAUUAUUACAAACAUAUUUGCUACGGGGGAUAUAAAUCUUACAGUUGAAAUUCAGAGUUUAAAAAUGCUACAUUAGGUUUGGCCAUGAUAUGAAUUCUUACUAAUCUUUGUGACUAUUUAAUCUUCAAAUAUUGUGCUUCAACCCCAGCAAACCGCACGUAUCCUCCACCCCAUCCCCAAAAAAUCAUCUGAAUUUUAAUGUCACUGCUAUUAUUGGUCCUUUUUUCUGUUUAGACCCAUCAUGACAGCUUUCAAUUCAAAAUUAUGAAAGUGUUACAAUGCCGCUUCAAUUCUGCAAAACCUCAAAUGUAGCCAACCUGACUAAUUCUUAAGUGUUAAGGUAGAUUUAAAGUUCAUCAAGUACAUUGUGGUAUUUGUACAGUUCUUUUAAUUAUACAUAGCUUUAAACCAUCAACCUGAUGACUUUAAAACACUUUGGCACCAAAGCCUUCAUUUCAGAAUGAACACUUUCAUAGGGAUCUUACGUUAACCCGAGAAUUGAUUGGCUUAAAGGAAGACUGAUAAUCCUACACUUGUAUAAUGUAAAAAUACAGGGCUACAGGAGGGAACCUAAUUAGACAGUUUUGCAGCAAACAAACACAGAACACAAACUGGAAAAAUUUCCAGCCAAUUUUGCUACCUCCCAACUUGAUGGAUUAGAGGUAGCAGACAAAUGCUGGUGCUCCCAUCUACCUUGUAGACACAUGAUCAUCAAGAAUCAUUAAUGCACAACAAGUGCACUCACUGAUCAUAAUAAAUAUUUGCAAACUAUUCAGCUUAACUUUCAGCAUCAUGAAUGUUGUCUUAUCCAGUUUUCAAAUAUGAAAAACUACAAUCCUUUUGUGUUAUACAAAAUUACUAUUAUUUUUUACAUUUCUGAGCAUAUUAAAAUUCUACUGUAUUUCCAAAAAGGACUAAUAACCAAUUGAUCUGCUAUAUAAUUAUCAACUUGAGGUACUCACUGAAUUUUUUGCCAUUUAGACUUUACCAUUUGCUUUAGUGAAUGUGUAUAUUUUUAAAGGCACCAUUACAGAGUAUAUCCUACAUGUAUCACAUUUCUUAAAGUGUUAGGGUUCUAUGACUCAUUUCUAUGUAUUUUUCUUACUUUACAAAAUAACUUGAAACAGUAUAGAUUUUGUAACACUUAAUUUGAGCAGCUUCUUUUUUAGUACAUUGAAUUAUAUAAAGUGCAUGCUUCCUUAGAAAAAUCAGUAUUUGCUGCUUUACUCUUUUGCAAAACAUUUGCUGUAAUGAAGGAAUUUGUAUUUCCAAUAUGCUAUCUUUACUGCAUUUUGUAAUAUUUACUGCUUUCUUCCUAAUUCUGCUUUGAAGAAUUGAACUGGGCAUGAAACAUUAAAAUAUUAAUCCAGAGCCUGUAUGAACUGGAUAUUGCUUUAAAUCUGUUAUCACUGCCAUGUUGGAAACUCAGACUGCUUUUGUGAUGUUUCAAAUUAAUAAAACUGUCCUCC